AUGCGUCGUAUGAUGGCAGAUUCGAGAAUUGUAUGACCAAAGUAGAAUAUCUGUUCAUCUGCUCUGUUAUCGAUCCGUCUGUGGAUAAUAUACCCCGUCUGCCUCCGCGUCUGCGCCGCUUCGCUGCUUUUCCCCAGCCUCGCCACUGUAAAGAAGUCAAAACCCGCGCACGAAGAUGCAAGGCUCAGACCCCGUGGGUGUGGCCUCAUACUAAGAAAGACUUGUGCACAAACCUGAUUCCUGUUCCUGAUUCUUGACUCGCGCUGAAGGAUGGAGACUGUUAGACGAGCGCAGGGGUGUUGGACCUGCAAACGACGUAAGAUCGGAUGUGACCGCGGCUACCCAGCCUGUAACAACUGCCUUCGCACGGGGAGAGAGUGUCUGGGAUAUGGGAUCCGCCUCGCAUGGCCAGAUCAGCCGGAUGGUCGUCGCAGAUUGAAUCGCCUUCCUGACCACACGAUCCACCAUCACGAAAUUGAUUCGGCCUAUUAUGGGAAGCAGUUUUUGAAUGUCACUUACUCAGAUCUAGCAUUAGCUAGGAAAGGCAUCUCGCCCAUUUGCCUCUCCUUCGUGAGGGGCCAGCCAAGACCUGCCCGAAUCAUCCCUCUAUUCUCGAACAUCCACGAGAGAGAGUCUCAUCUCAUCGAUUACUACCGGCGUAAGCUCUCUCAGAUGAUAUCCACAAUUGACGUCAACAAUGGAUUCCGCGACGAUUUGUUGCCUAUGGCGCUCUCAAGCAUCGGGAGCGCCUCAGAUGGCCUCAGAAAUGCCAUGCUCGCCGUAUCGGCUUUUCACUUAUGGGGCCCAGAGCAUGCUCUAUCUUACAAGGCCGACGCGCUUCGGUCGCUAUCUUCCUCUCUCUCGAGCGAAUCGGUCGGGAUUACUGAAACACAACUAGCCACGUCAAUGAUGCUAUGCGUCUAUAAUGUAUUUGAUGAGACUGAGGGCAAUUGGAACCUGCAUCUUCACGGUGCCCAAACCAUUCUUCAGAAGCUUGCCGCCAUCCACGGCGGUCAAUUGAAAUACGGAUUCUUAUAUACAUGGUUUCUCUAUCAUGAAAUUCUAGGUUACUUUAGCCAGCCACUCCUUCAUGGGACCCGAGGUCCGGCAUCCUUACAGCUCCUACACGAUGUGUCUUUUGAUAAAUCUCUGAUUAUAGGAUCUCUUGGAUGUUCUGUAGAAGUUAUGGAGAUCAUAAGUUACGCCAACGGCUUACGUGCCAUCGAGCUUAGGGGCGAGUCUGCAGAUUUUAAUGCCGAAGAACGAGCUCGGAGAGCUGAUGAGUGGCACUUGUUCGAGAGUAAAGUAACAUGCCUCCAACAGCAUCUGGAUCCUCAUGACGCCCAUCGCCUACCACAGCAGGAGCGUACUAGGAUCCUCACCACCGCUGAGCUUUAUCGAAUUGCGGCAUUCCUAUACUUGCAAAGAACGGGCGACUGCACCCAUAACCAAGACCUCAGGUCAAUGUAUCUAGAGCAAGCCUUCCAGGCGUUGAGUAGCCUCGAAGUCUGUACAAGCCCAUGGCCACUCUUCGUCAUCGCGUGCGAGACGGAGAAUGACCAGCAAAGAAUUAUGAUCCUUCAAACGCUCGAUCGAAUGGACGACGAAAGACGAAUUGGUAAUGUUUUUGUUCUACGAGAUAUUAUCGAAUCGUUUUGGAAACAACAAGAUCUCCAGGCCGACAAUGGCCGAAUCUCUCAUUCCAAGUGGUGGAAUGUCGUCAACUUAAAUAUUACAGCGCCGUGGUGUAUCUAGGACGAUGUAAAUCGUCAUCACCCUCAACACCGCACCGCCUUCAUCUCCGUCAUACCAAAUCAUACCUAGUAUAUCCUCGUCACGAUCGCCACCACUACCAUCACCAUC